ACAGUUCAUCUGACCUCAUCUUCAACGACUUCAAACAGAUAACAACUCAAGAUGUGCACAAUGUGGCAGAAGUUUGUGAAUUUUGGGAAGGGAAGAAGACAAAGACAUUUUUCUGGUCAAACUGUGCGAAAAUUCAGCUAUUGAAGAGAAAAAUACUGUAUAAGUCAGAUCCCGAGUUUGUAAGGGAUUGGGAACGCAUGCCUGUCAUGGAACAGGACAUGUUUUCAUCAGAUAGGUUGAACAAGGCAUAUGAAAUACUUCUGCACACUGCAACCAAAAGCUUUGUAACAAUGUUUGGAAAGGGCACAACUGAAGGCAAUGUUCUGAAGUGUGAGUUGUUCCUGCAAGGUGAGAAGCUGGCAGAGGCCACUGGGAAGAGCAAUCUUGAAGCCUCAGCAAAGGCAGCUGCCAAAAUCCUCUUCAAGUUGUACCAGCAUCAACCCGUGAUCAAGCUGCUCCCUGAGGGAGAUGAUUCCACGUCCUGGCACACCUACGAGUCAAUCAAAGAAAAAGCAGAUAAAAUGAAGGCUGGGAGUGAGGACUCUGAGACAGAUGACUUCAUCUACAUCAAUGACUUUCCCCCAGUUCCAAAACAAAAGGUCCAGGAGGAACUCAUGGAGGUGGAUCAGGAGGAUGUAGAUAAGGAUACCCCAUCGUCAAGUCAUUCAAUGUCGAGUGUAAGGCGUACAGAUGUUGUGGAGGAUGGAGACAGUUUUGUGGGUGAUAGUGACGCACCAUCAUCGACACUCCCAGUCAACAAAUGGGUGAAAAAAGUGGUAGAGAAGAUGAUUGCAGAGUAUGCGGGAACUGAAAAUUUGGAAGAACUGAUAUUUGGUCCUGGGUUUCCUUUAGGAGAUCAAAAGCAGAUCAAGAUUACUGCAUCAAAGCAUCGCGUUUACAGUGGUGUUAAGACAGCUACAGAUAAACGAAACUAUGUGUGUGUCUAUCAAAAGCUUUCCCCUGAGAUGACACUACAAACGCUUAGAUUGAAUGAUGGUAAAUGUGGGAGAUAUGCCCUCAUACCCAAGGAAGAACUCCCAAAAUUAGAAGAUCUUGAACAGGAUUCUUUUGGAAUACACAGCAAUCUGCAUCGAAGUCAUUGGAAAAGUCUUCAAAAACGCAAACAAAAUGAAGGUGAUGAAUGAGAAUUUCUGCAACACCUGCUAUGUGAGAAGGGAAAUGAAAGACAUGCCUAUGAGGUUAUUCUCAAAGAGGAACUGAAGAAUCACAGGCCCUAACAGCACCAAAUAAAUAGGACUUGUUUAAGGGAUUUAAAUUGAUCUUGAGACAAGUUGCCAUCACAGACAGUUAAUUUUUUCUUAUCCUGACUCAUGAUCUUUUGCUUAUCUCCCUUUCCUUUUCGAAUGGCAGUGAAACACUUGAAUC